AAACGUCUCUUUAUAAUGAUCAAUCCAUUAAGUAGAAUUUGGUGGUCAUCAUUUGUAAUACUAACUUUGAUUGUGUAUACCAUUUCCACGUUUGAAUUGCAACCGAAACCGCGAAACACUGCACCAGCGGCUUUAUUCGAUCCAAAAUAUGGCACACACAAAUUUGCCACAGUUAAUGGUAUUCGUUUGCAUUACGUCGAAGCCGGAGACCGUACAAAACCGUUGAUGGUGUUUGUACAUGGAUUUCCCGAUUUCUGGUACUCAUGGCGUUAUCAGAUUCUCGAAUUUUCUAAAGAUUAUUGGACUGUUGCCAUUGAUAUGCGUGGUUAUGCGUGGUCAGAGAGACCAACUGAAGAGAAAGACUAUGUGUUACCCUAUUUGAUCGGAGAUUUGAAAGCCCUUAUUAAGUAUCUGAAUCGUAAGAAAUGUGUGCUUGUGAGUCAUGACUGGGGCGCUCUAAUUGCAUCCUCAUUUAUCGCAAGCAAUCGGCAUAUGGUGCACAAAUAUAUUUUGAUGGGAUCUCCACCUCGGAAAGUGUUCAAACAGCUUAUUGAAGAGACAAUGGACCAGCGCAAUAAGUCAUCUUAUGUUUUAGAGUUCCUGAAGCGAGGUGUGGCUGAAUCAGAAUUGCAGGCCAAUGAUUAUGCUUUUCUCUCACCGCUUUUCAAAAACGAAGAUCUUGCUGUCUACAAAUAUGUCUUUUCGCAACCGGGUGCAUUAACGGCUGGAUUAAACUAUUAUCGUGCGAAUAUUUCGCUGGAAAAGGGAAAGCUUGACUUUGUUGAGAUCGACGGUGAUAAUGAUGACCUAGACGGGAAAAAUGGAAUGUACAUUUUAGGCGGAAAAGAUCCGUACAUCUCGCAACUAUCAUUGAAUGCUACAGCUAAAGAAUAUCCAAAAAUGCGUGUCACGGUAAUUCCGAAUGCCGGACAUUUCUUACAACAAGAUGAAUCUGAAAUUACCAAUAAUUUGAUUCGCGAAUUUCUUGGUCCAAAUAGAUUUUAA